GCGGGGCGGAGAGAGAGGCGGCGGCCGCGGGCGCCCGGCCCCGAACCUGUCAGACCCGGGGAGCCGGCCUGGAGCGGCGGGCGCGAGCGCGGCCUCGCUCCCCUCGCGGCCCCGGGCGCAGCGGCGCGGACCGGGCCCCCCCAGCCGAGCCUGCGGGGGGCGGGAGAUGAGCGGCGGCCCCGCGGCAGCGCCCCAGGAUGGGGAGGGACGCGCGGCACCGGCCCCGGCGACCGGCGCUCGGGUGAAGUAGGGGCCGCCGGCCGGCCGCCUGCACCGAGCGAGCCGUUCCGCGCCGCGGCCGCUCAGCCUCGGCCAUGGCCGGCUCGGGCGCGUGGCAGCGCCUCAAAUCCCUGCUGAGGAAGGAUGACGCGCCGCUGUUUUUAAAUGACACCAGCGCCUUUGACUUCUCGGAGGAGGUGGCGGACGACGGGCUGGCUCGGUUUAACAAACUUCGCGUGGUGGUAGCCGACGACGAUCCCGGGACCCCGGAAAGGCCUGUUAACGGGGCGCAGCCGGCCCUCCAGGUCGACGACGAUUCCUUAUUGGACCAGGACUUAGCUCUGAGCAACAGUCAGCUGAGCUUGAAGGUGGACCCCUGUGACAACUGCAGCAAGCAGAGAGAGUUCCUGAGGCAGAGAAAGGUGAAAACCAGGUUGACCAUUGCUGCCGUUCUGUACUUGCUUUUCAUGAUUGGAGAACUUGUAGGUGGAUACAUUGCAAAUAGCCUAGCAAUCAUGACAGAUGCACUUCAUAUGCUAACUGACCUAAGUGCCAUCAUACUCACCCUGCUUGCUUUGUGGCUGUCUUCAAAAUCACCAACCAAACGGUUCACCUUUGGAUUUCAUCGCUUAGAGGUUUUGUCGGCUAUGAUUAGCGUAUUGUUGGUGUAUAUACUAAUGGGAUUCCUCUUAUAUGAAGCUGUGCAAAGAACUAUCCAUAUGAACUAUGAGAUAAAUGGAGAUAUAAUGCUCAUCACCGCAGCUAUUGGAGUUGCAGUUAAUAUAAUAAUGGGGUUUCUGUUGAAUCAGUCUGGCCAUCAUCACUCGCACUCCCACACGCUGCCUUCCAGCUCGCCUAGCGCAGGGCCUGGCAGACACAGCCACGGGCAGGACAGCCUGGCAGUGAGAGCUGCAUUUGUACAUGCCUUGGGAGAUCUGGUACAGAGUGUUGGCGUGCUGAUAGCUGCAUACAUCAUACGAUUCAAGCCGGAAUACAAGAUUGCUGAUCCCAUCUGUACUUAUGUAUUUUCAUUACUUGUGGCUUUUACAACAUUUCGCAUUGUAUGGGACACAAUAGUUAUAAUAUUGGAAGGAGUACCCAGCCACUUGAACAUAGACUGUAUCAAAGACGCUUUGAUGAAAAUAGAAGAUGUGUAUUCGGUGGAUGAUUUAAACAUCUGGUCUCUCACUUCAGGAAAAUCUACUGCCAUCGUUCACAUGCAGCUAAUUCCUGGAAGUUCAUCUAAAUGGGAGGAAGUACAGUCCAAGGCAAAGCAUUUGUUGCUGAACACGUUUGGCAUGUAUAAAUGUACCAUUCAGCUUCAGAGUUACAGGCAAGAAGUGGACAGAACUUGCGCAAACUGUCAGAGUGCCAGUCCCUAACUGUCCUUAUUUGGGGGUCUGCUGCCUUAUUUAUCCUGCAGUCACAGACUGGCGAGCAAUAAAUGCAAAUGUAGAUGAGAAUGUGGAGUCCCUGACAGCUCUUUCUAUGCCCAGUACUAGUCUCUCAGAACAAUCACUCCAGCUUGACAGUGCCAGUCUUUGCUUCUGGUAAAUCGAGACUUGGUGAUUUCCAGAUGAAGAUGUUUCCAAAACACUGUUUACAGAAUGAGACGUGACUCUAUAGAUACCUCACAGAAGACAAUCCGAGACCCUGCUUCACCAAUUCAAGAGUACGUGUCUUACAGGAAGCUUCAAGCAUUCAGUAUUUGCAUUUAAAAAUACUUUUUAAAGGCUGUUUUAUAUAUAUCAAGCCAGUGCUGGAAAACUGAAUUUUUUUUAAAUUAUGUAAUCUUGACACCCAGCUUCUAGAAUUGCUGCUCUCUUUUUACACAGAUUACUUCUCAACGUAUUUCAGAAAUUAUUAGAAAUUAUUCAGAAAGUGGAAUGAGCAUGCAUUCCUAAAUAUUUCAGAAAUGUUUUAUUUCCCAAGUAAGUCUGAAUGUUACUGUUAUACUUUAUACCUUUUCCAGAUAUAACAGGGUUUUGACUCUGACAGGUAAUGUCUGUAAUUAUUUGUAAAUCUUACAAGAUCCAAAUCUUCACAUAAUUGUGGCCACUGUCAUUAAAUUAUCUAGGAAAUAUUUUCAAUGUUCUGAAUGGCAAAAGUUAGUCUUAACUCAAAUUACUAUAUGAUGAUUUAAAACGGAAGAAUAAAGAUGGGGUGUGGCAUUUCAGAAUUGUCUUUCCCAAAUCGCUUUAAUUCGUGGAACUGUCUUAGGAACAGCAGGAGAGAGACAGCCAAAGGACACAGUGAUCCUCUGUCCCUCCAGAGCUGCCAACACUUGACAAGUUGCUUUAGUGCCAGGACUCCCCCUCCAAGCAGAUGUGUUUCAGCGUGAAACUGUGGGCCAGGGUUCAACUGUAAUAACCCAUCUCUCACAUACAGACCAAUCACAUUACUCCAGAGCGAGCUUCUGGUUUACUGUGUGAGUUAAGACUCCCUGGACUCCAGGAACCAAGGUUAAGAAAUAAUUUUGAGGUUUUUCAAUAAUACAACAGCAGAAAUGUGCAGAGGUGGUGGGAAGAGAUCUUAUUUUGGGAAAACAAAACAGUAAUUUGGGGGGGACCAUUCUGUAUGUGUGUUUUAAAUCUCUGGAAUCUGAAUGGAUACUAAAUCUUCUGUAGGAAAGCUAAGCCUAGAAGUUUCUGAACAGAACACCUAAUUGGUAGUGGUUGUGCUAAGGAAGCAGUUGGGAAUAUUCCUGUUUCACUGUAGCCAGCCACUGGUUUGGAGAUUACCUUUGUGCCCACAACAAGGCCCCUUUCAGUGGAAGCAAUUUCCUGUAACAAGAGUGGCUAUGGUUCCUGUGCUCUGCUGGGAACUAGGGUAGGGUAACAAUGACUUCUACAGUGUAAGGUGUGGAGUGAAGUCCCAGGUAAUCAUCACUGAUGACUUGUAAUAUAAAUGAGGAAAGGAGAUUCCAUCUUUUGACCAAGUACUGUGCUGCAAGUAAGCCUACCAAGCCUGGGGAUCCCAAGAUUUUACCCAGGAAUGUGAGAGGUGGAUGGUAUCAGCUAAACAGUUGGUGGCACCUAACUGAAUACAAUGAACACUCACUCCACAGGAUUCUUACUGUGAAUCUAAUUAAAAUAAUUAUUUGGAUUUCUCUAAAAAAUUUCAGGAGAAUAUAAACUGUUUCAAUCAAUCAAAAUGCUCAUAUAAAAGGCAACUCAUAUAAAAGACAACUAAAAAUAAAUUCAGUGAACAUGUGAGCAUUUAUGGACUUUGAGUAUCUAGUAACUGGGCAAAAUGCAUUCUUACUAAUGAUUUUCUCAUAUCUACUGAGUGUAUGCCUUGUCAGUUUUUCCUGUAUCAUAAAGACAGACUUAGAUUUUCAUACUGAACUGUUCCUCAAAAAGUUACUUGACAAAGACAAUCUAAAAUCCAUUUGAGGAUUGAAAAGGAUCCUUUUAUAAAAUAUAAAAAUGCUGAAAACUUUUGUAAGUCAUAAUUAUCGUGUUGUGCUUCAAGUGCGGCUCACAUAAGGUUUCCUGUGCUUUGUUUUUGUAUCAGGAACUACAGAUUUUGUAUUUGUACUUUCCUGGACCUACAAGAUUUGAGAAUUGACAGAUUUUUUAAAAAUAAAUCUUGACAAAACCUGCAGAAAAGAACAUUAGUAGUAAUUAAGACCAGGGACUGCACACCUUGACUCCUCAUUGGAGUGCCCAGAAACUUCCCUGCUGCCUUGGAAGAGCCAGGGCUUGAGUGGGACAAACACACAGCAUGAUUAAUUUUGCGGUGGAACAGCAAAAUUGCAACAUUUCAGUUCUUCAGUAUGAUAUAUCUUAAUAUUUGGACAUAGUCAGUUCCUUGCAUACAGUAUCCUGUGUAGCCUCUUGAUUUGCUUCAGGAAAAGACCCACUGUCUCACAAACAUCAUCCCGCCUUAGAAAUGUGAUGGGAACAUAGUUUAAUGGAGCCUAUUGUGGAAAGCUUUGCUAUGCGGAACUAGAAGCUCCUAUAAUUCCUACAUUACAUACAGCAUCAUUUGUCAAAUCACUGGAUUCCUUAUUUUACCAUUUUCUUUCCGUUCCCAGAAGCUCCCCACUCUUCUGAGGCUCAGUGUCCUGUUUCCUCAGCCAGGUGUUCCAGCUGGCAGUAUCUGUCUUCAGUAGAGCUUUCCCAGAAUAGCUGUGGCCAAGUCCAGGUCCGUGAGCUUUCCUCUCAUUUUUAACAUGAGGGAAUGCUGUCUUUCAGAGACAUGACACUGCUUAGAAGUGUGCUUCCCAAUGGGAAAGAGCCUUUUCUUGACAGCUCAGUGUUCCACAUUCCACUGCAUACUAAACCACAUCGAGUCACUGUGACAGAAUCAGCCUCCACUGUGCAACCACAGGAGAAGGUCAUUGCUAAUGAACACUCGGUCCUGUCAGUUACACUCACAACCUCGGUAGGGAUAAUCAUUCAAUUCUGAAACAAACACUGUUCACUAAAUAUUUCUUAUACAUUUGUAUUAAUUGGUUCAAUGUAAGGAGUAAAACGGCCUUUAGGAAAUUUUACUGUUGGUUACCUAGUAAAUAGAACAUUUUAUAUUACAAAAUGUGCUCCCCAAUAUAAGAUUACUUCACAGAACCAAACUUAGCUCAUGGGCAUCAGUCAUAAAUGAGUAUGAUACCGUACCGCUGGGCUGAAGGGAGCUGUCUCCCCUUCCAACAACGGAUGAAGCAUAUUGUCUUUGUAGCUGACGUACCACUUGUAGACCCUGACUCCAGAUUAGCCAUGUGAGUCUUGUUGGCCAGGACUUGGAUAUAGGUCACAGAUGCCCACCAGGUGUAUUUUUUGUUUGUGAUAUUAGUGGGAGCACACAAUUUGGAGAGGAGAAAUUGUCAUGGGAGGUCCAUGCUGUUGAAUUCUGUGUGUUCACUCAGGCCAGGCAGUCAUUGAAUUCCUGCUUACAGAGGAUUUCACCUGCUCUUUGAUCAUCCUGUGAGGACCAGCUAAUAUUUUGUGAUACUUGGAGUCCUUGCAGUCAAAUAAAGGACAGUGACAAUUUAAAUAGUACAAAUAAGUAUAUUCUAAAAUAACAAAGAACUGAAAUGUGCCAGUAAAUCACAUUCCCACGGAGAAGAUACUGUAUACUUGGAAAACUUACGCUUCUCUACAUAAGUAUGUGUUGUUCAAUAAGCCAUAUCACAGUUGAAGAAAUUGUGUAUACUUUUUCAUGUGCCCCUUUAGAAACCAGGUAUUUUACAUAUGAUUGAUUUUAGAAAGAUUUUGAAGCUGGGGUCUGUCUGUGUAAUUAAGAUUAAAGUAUAUGUAUAUGUAUUGUAUCUGCAGUUUUCAAAUUGUAAUUUCCUAUGCAUUUAUUAAAGUAUUGUUUUUGCCAUGUGGUUUAUUAAAAUUUUUUAAAUGUA